AUGGCGUCUACUCUUGAAUUCAUACGCCAACACCUUCUUGAUGAUUCUAAUUUCACACAAGAAAACUCUUCAAGUGAAACAAAGCCAAACCCUGUAAAACCAACUAGUUUUAGUGAAAGAAAACCUUCACUCAACAUUGCUAUCCCAAAAGUAAUCAAGAAAGUUGAGUACUUUGAGAGUGAAAACGUUAGAAAUAGUACUGUUUGUGACCGGAAAGCUGAAGAUUACGAUGACCAGAAGCAUUACCGGGGUGUUAGGAAACGGCCGUGGGGGAAGUUCGCGGCUGAGAUUCGUGACCCCAAUAGAAAAGGGACACGGAUUUGGCUAGGGACUUUCGACACAGCGGUGGAGGCGGCGAAGGCUUACGACAGGGCGGCGUUUAAGCUGAGAGGCAGCAAGGCUGUACUGAAUUUUCCACUUGAAAUUGAAAUAUCUAACCCCUUGUCGGAAAACGAUGAUCCGGUGAAGGCUUGCGGGAAAAGGGUAAGAGAAAUUGGGAGUGAAGAGAGAGAAAAGAAGGUGAAGAGGGAGGAGGUGCACGAAUUACCGGCUGCCGCCGUGCCUUUAACGCCGUCAAGUUGGACAGGCGUUUGGGGCUCUGGAGAUAUGGAAGGUAUCUUCGAGGUGCCGCCAUUGUCACCGUUCUCUCCCCACACAAGUUUGGGUUGCGCAAAGCUUAUGGUUUAA